GUUGCAUACGAGAGUAACGUAAUGAAACGAGACUUACUAAUUACAACCAACCCGAAAAAUGCGGUGACAAAACUACAAAAUAUAAGGUUACCUGUCAACAUAGACAUUACCAGUCAAUCGAAGAUUUAAAAAAGGCAGGAUUGCGGCAGGAAGAGGGUGGCCAUGAAUCCCUCGGAGUCUCAGGAAGUGGUGAAGGAAGGCUUCCUGUCAAAGAGAGGUGAACAUAUAAAAAACUGGAGGAAGCGCUAUUUUGUAUUACGAAAAAAUGGCUCAUUUCUUGGCUUUAGAGCGAAGCCAGAACAGAGCAUGAGUGAUCCUCUCAAUGACUUCACUGUCAGAGAAUGUCAGCUAAUGAAGCAAGAGAAGCCACGGCCAAACACAUUUGUAAUUCGUGGUCUCCAAUGGACUACGAUUGUGGAGCGAAUGUUCUGUGUGGAUACUAAGGAGGAGAGGGAUGAGUGGAUUGCAGCGAUCCGCUCUGUGUCCGAGAACCUUAAAGUGGUAGAAGAGGAAGGGGCCGGGGCAGGGUCAUCAGGCAGUCUUGAGAGGAAGAAAAAGAAUCUAGAAGACUUCCAGUUCCUGAAGAUGCUUGGGAAGGGAACGUUCGGGAAGGUGAUAUUGUGUAAGGAGAAGUCCACCAACCACCUGUAUGCAAUCAAAAUACUUAAAAAAGCUGUGAUAAUACAAAAGGAUGAGGUUGCUCACACGUUGACAGAGAACCGUGUGUUACAAACAACCAAACAUCCAUUUUUAACACAAUUAAAGUAUUCGUUCCAAACACCUGACCGGCUGUGUUUUGUGAUGGAAUAUGUGAAUGGCGGGGAGCUCUUCUUCCAUCUGUCUCGGGAACGCGUGUUCGCCGAGGAGAGGACCAAGUUUUACGGAGCGGAAAUCAUCUCCGCCCUCGGAUACCUGCAUGAAAAUAAUAUAGUUUAUAGAGAUUUAAAGCUUGAAAACCUGUUAUUGGACAAAGAUGGGCACAUCAAGAUCGCAGACUUCGGGCUGUGUAAGGAGGAGAUGUAUUAUGGGGCCAGCACCAAGACAUUCUGUGGCACGCCCGAGUACCUCGCACCUGAGGUGUUAGAGGAUAAUGACUAUGGGCGUGCGGUGGACUGGUGGGGGACGGGUGUGGUCAUGUAUGAGAUGAUGUGUGGCCGCUUGCCCUUCUACAACCGUGACCAUGACGUCCUCUUUGAACUCAUCCUGCUGGAGCAGGUCCGCUUUCCACGCACCCUUUCUGAGGAUGCGAAAAACCUCCUUGGCUGCAUGCUUGUGAAAAAUCCAAAGGAAAGACUGGGUGGCAGUGAGCGAGACGUCCUCGACAUCAUGGGACACCCGUUCUUUAAAAAUGUCAACUGGCAGGACCUAGUUGAGAAAAAGAUACCUCCCCCCUUCAAGCCUCAGGUCACGUCUGAGACGGACACGCGCUACUUUGACGAGACGUUCACGGCAGAGCCGGUGGCGCUCACCCCACCAAUGGUCUCCCACCAUCUGGAGAGUAUCCAGGAGGAGAUGGACACAGGCCUCGAAACAGGUCUCCCAUACUUUGAGCGUUUCUCGUACCAUGGCAGCAAGGCGAGCCUUGCGUCCAGCGUGAUGAGUUUUGAGACAACAUGGUCAGCCUGAUUCAUCCGUCCUCUAGCGGGCUGAUUCUGGACUUCAACAAUUUGAUGUCAUGCAGCCACGGUGAUUUAUCAGUGAUUCAAUAAUCUAUCGUUUAAUGUUCUAAAGAAAAAUCACUGAUUUCAUGUGGAGAAGCUAGUCACUAUUGAUGGUCCAUAAUCAAAUAGAAAGGACUGCAUGUGAUCACAGAAUUGAAAGAUUGUGGCAAUGGAGCGCUUUAUGAUUCUGGACAUGAUUUAGGACUUUGGGACACGAUUUAGGACCCUCGAGUGAUUACUAACACUGGUCAAAUUUGAUAUUCAUGAACAAUGGAAAUAGGGAAUAGUUGAAAUGUAUUGAGAGAGAAUGUAUCUGCUGUGGAACAAAUAAUAUUAUACAUCCAUUUGCAUAUAUUUUUUGGACUGGAUUAUAUUUGUUCAACUUCAAUCUGUAAUUUGUACUGUGAUUCGAAACUCUUUUUUGUAAGUAUCAGACUGCUUUAAAUUUUUGAGACCUAGUUUUGAUUUUAAGUAACUUAUUAAGUGUGCUUUCAUUUCAAAUUUGGGAAAUAAUACCUAAUUUUAUAACAUGAUGUUUUUGCUAUUCAAUGCAAAAUUUUAUGAAACACUUGCCCAAUUUUUUUUGUUUUAAACAGCAUUUCAUGUUGGGUCCUUAAUGUCUUGAGUCACUCUGUGCCAGUAUUCUAUGUAAUUGAUAAUUGUCGUUGAUCUUGUAUCUUGUUAUUACAAUCCUGCUAGGUAUUAGAAGUGUGACCUCUGUGUUAAGAAAAUUACCAGAUGUAGAGGUUCCAAAAACAAUAAAUACUUGUUCUCUAGUUCAGGAGCUAUAUUCAUAAAGCAUCUUGGUGAAAUAAUUACAUCACAAUUUUUUACAAUGUUCAUUUGAAAUCCCCACUUUUUUUCAAUAGCUUCGUUCAUAUGAAUUCAUAAUUGAGAUUUUUAUGAAACAAACUUUAGGCCUUCUCUUAAGAACAGUGUUUGAGUUAACAUUGUUAACAUUAUCGUUAUUAACAACAUUGUUGUUAACUUUCAAAUUGUUACUGCUCUGGAAGAUUUAAUGGAUACACUGUGAAAAUUGUUUCAAGUGUACUUGUUUAUAUUUAGAUUUUUGAUAACAUCAUCAAAUAUUUCACAUAUUAAAAAUUAGCAAUGAUGUCUGUAAUUUUGUUGUUUACUUUAACAAACUUUUUUGAACAAUUUGUCCAUAAUUUUUUCCCUAAAAUGAGGGUUUGGGAAGAAGGCGAUUUUCCACCAAGUGGAAAAUUCCACCGAAGUUGCUUUAUGAAUAUGGCCGAAGUUAGCAUUCACAAUCAUGUGUGCAACUCAGUCAUGUAUGUUCAUAAUUAGAAUCUUUCUAUUUUAUCAAAGAAUAUAUUGGAUUAUAUGAAUCAAAUUGUUAAAUUUCUAUCAGCAACAUUUUCAACAUUACAAUGUUCUAAGAGAUUAACUAUUUUUGCUAUAAAAUGAAUACAGCAACAACGGUUGUUUAAAGUUAUAGUUAUAUGAGAUGAAGUAAAUUCUUAAUGAUUAAGAAUGGGUGGUAGGAGCAAAGCCAACGAGCCCAUUUAACUGACAUAGAAUACAACCUCAUUGGCUAAUACAUUGUCAACGCAAAAUUUGAUGCAGAGAGUAUGUAUCGGAUGGGUGGCAAUAGGGGGACAUUUUCCCAUCCACGAAAGUUGAAAUUCUUAAUAAUUAAGUAUAAGUACUUAAUGAUUGCUUAUCUGCAAUUUCAUUGGCUGAAAAUGUAGGUUGUAUUCUAAAAACAGAUUGAACAAAACCUGACUUAAGGAAGGGACCAUUGAUUUCAAUUUCUGGUGUCCCUUUAGGAUCCCGGGAAAAUAUAUAUUCAGUGUCACCUGAGAGUUCAUGUCGACCCCUGACAAGUAUUGUUUGUAAUUGGAAUUGUGUUUCCAAGUAAUGCUGUGACCUAUAAUGGGUUUUGUUAGUUGAAAGAAAGAGUGGAUACUGUUCAUCAUGUUUAUACUGUUCAUCAUGUUUUUUGUUGUUGAAAUAAGUAUUUUUUGUGAUUAUAGCUUUCAUUUCACUUGGGGCUGAGUUUUGUUAAGAAGUGAUAUAAAAUAACUGGGUACAUGUAUACAGGUAUUGGGAGACUGGUAAACUUAAGCAUAUAUUAUGAAAGGCGUGAAUAUUAUAUAUUGAAAUAUUGUUUAAUCGCCGCUGUGCGAUCGUGUAAAUUUUUGGCAGAUGUUUUGUUUGAAUUGUACAGCUACAAUUAUUAAGAUAAUUUAUUUUAAUCGCUGCAUGUUUGUUGAAUUAUGCUUUCGAUAUACUUGUAUUUAUAUAUAAGAUGAUAUUCCUCUUCUGAACUUUUGGCUAAUUUUCCUUGCUUUUAAUUUUUGAUGAUCAUAACUACAUAUAAAUGAUAUUUACCUGCUUUAAGAAUAUUGGAUUUGCAUUAAUGUUAAUUUGAAUUAUAUGCUGUUUCAUAUUUAUUUUAUGAUGUAUCUGGUAUACAAGUUGUUACUAUUUGACCUUGCUAUACAAGUAUGAGGGAGUUGCUGCUAUGUGACCUAACUGUACAGGUAUGAGGAAAAUGUUGCUACAUGACCUUGCUAUACAAGUAUGAGGUAGUUGUUACUAUGUGACCUAACAAUGCAAGUAUUAGGGAGAUGACAGAGCUAUAAAACACUAGUAUGAGAGAGUUGCUACUAUGUGAACUUAAUAUACAAGUAUGAGGGAGUUGCUGCUAUGUGACUGCUAUGCAAGUACGAGGGAGUUGCUGCUAUGUGACCUUGCUAUACAAGUAUGAGAGAAAUGUUGCUAUAUGACCUUGAUAUACAAGUAUAUAGGAAAUGUUGCUAUGUGACCUUGCUAUACAAGUAUAAAGGAAAUGUUGCUAUGUUACCUUAUUUACUGUUUCAGCAUUACAGGUGUAUUAUUAAUAUUAAAAUGCUAAUGAUUAAAGUACUGCGUACAGAUAAUCCCUUCAUCAUGAUGUGAAUGGUAGAUUUUCCUUGUGUAAUACUCAGGAAUAUUUAAUACCUCCAUCACCCAUCAGAUAGAGUUUCAAAGUUUAGUUGAGAUUAAGAUGUUUCCUGUAAAGCUAUUAAAACAAUAAUGGUAAAUACAGGGACAAGCCCAGUAGUCUAUAUUUAACCAAGAUUCUCUUUAAAGGGGCUCGCUCAUGUUUUGGCACCAUAUUUGUUUUCUGCUAAUGCAUCCUGAAAACACCUAUUUUAAAACAAUUUUACUCUUUGAUACCGAAAUUGCAGGAAAAAAGCACUAAGUGAAAUAAAAUAUUCUGGUUUUAGUGGUGUGCCUACCAAAGCUGGUACAACCAAGGAAAAAUAGAAAACUUUCAACAAAACCUCACACCCACAAGGACUUAUACACAUAUGAUAUAUAAAGAUAACUUAACCCUUAAGCUUUUCGUUGAAUUGCGUUACUUACGCUAUUUAAAAUCAGUGACUUCAAAGACAAUACUUAGGCAUAUUAGCAUUUGUGGAAGGGUUCCAGCUGACAGUAUCUUCUAAUGAUUUGCCACACUUUAUUCUGUCAUACUAAAAAAGAGUGCAUUUUACAAAAACAUGAGCGAGUCCCUUUAAAUGCAAAAGCAUCGAGGUAAAAAAAAAAGAAAAGAGAUGUACAGCAUCACAAGAAAAUAAACUAAAGUCAAAAUAGUGUGAUUGGUGUUUGCUUUUUUGUGUGGGCCAGUGACAAUUGAGGAAUUUUUCAAAAUUUCUGUUCAUUAAAUUUAUGUAGAUUGUUUCUGACAAAUGCAACAAAAAAUAAGAACAUAGAGAAUAUUUUCAGUCAGUCUAAUAAGGCUUUCUUGUUAAACUUGUGUCAGUAGUAAAAGGUAGCAUAUACUUGAUGGUUGCAUUUUUGUGAGGGCACUCUCACAGAUUGACUGUUUUGACAGAAAAAAUAUUUUUUGACAUGGAAAGGGCCAUUUUUUGAAAUGAUGCAUGAAAACCAGUUAUAUAAGACUGGUGACAAAAAAAAUUGACAGAUUUUUAUAUUUAAGUUCAAAAAAAGGAUAUUGUAUUCAUUUUUCUUAAACCGUUAGUGAUGGUUUAAGCCAUUAAACAUUGAUUUUCGAACUGAAAUAUUAUAAUCUACGAUCUGAUUUGUCUGAAAUCUUAUAUCAUUGGUUUGCAGAUAUUUACGUAAAAAUUUGCUCUUUGCAAGACAAUAAAUUUAAAAACAGUAAAUCUGUGAGAGUGCAGCUUUAAGGAUUUUUUAAUUCGAAUUUUACGUAGAUCGAUUCUGAUGAAUGUGCUAACAAACACCAAAUAAGUCCAGUUUUGACAAUAAUAAAAAUAGUGCUGGCGUACCUCAGCCUGCUCUAUUUUCUGUAGAUUGCCAAAAUUGAACAAAUACUUAGUAAAUGUUGUUCAAGUUCUAAGUGAAAUUAAAUACAUGUAGUUGUCAUUGUUGGCAGUCACAUUAACACAGAAACUUGUCGCCACCUUAUGUCUGCUGUGUCAGAAAUAACUUAUCAAUCUGAUAGAAGGAUUUCCAUAUUGCUAGGCCCUUUGCAAUGAUCACAUGUCAAUGUUUUAUGUUUAGUUUCCUGUUUAGUAACAUUCUAGGGCAGCAUUCAUAAAGCUUCUUUUUAUAGUUGAAAAAAAACUUUCCUCUUUUUUUUACUUUAUUUAUUUAAAAUCUCCAACUUUUAAUAUAAACAAGUAAUUUAUAAUUUGGACAGUUUUCAUGCAUUCUUAAUAUUCAUGUUGUCAAAUCAUUGUUGGUAUUCUGAACAUUUAGUUUUUAAAAAACAUGAUUUUCUACUAGGUUGAAAAUUCAACCUAAGUUGCUUUGUUCAUCUUGUUUAGUGCCUCUACUUGUCCUGUUAUUAAGACUGGUAUUACCUGAAAUAUGAGGCCAUUCAUUUCUAAAUGUUUAUGUCAUGUUUUUAUAACUCUUAAUGACUAUGAUGGCUGUUGUUGUUGUUGUUGCAUUGUGUGGUUCAUCAUUGCUCAUUAAAACUGUUGUGUGUGUCAACAUUGCUCAGUGAAACUGUUGUGUGUGUCAUCAUUACUCAGUGAAACUGUUGUGUGUGCCAUCAUUACUGUGUGAAACUGUUGUGUGUGUCAUCAUUGCUCAGUGAAACUGAAAAUAGCAGGUUUUGUUGGAUAAUGUUUCCAGUGAAAUGCCUUAGUAAACAAAAACAUUGAAACACUUAUGCAAUAAAGUGGUGUUAAAUUAGGAUUUUGUUGAAAAGAUAUUUGAUAAAAAUCUUCAUUUGACUCAGAGUGAAUACAAUUGGCCAAAUCAUUGAAGGCUUCUGAUGUACAAAUAAGAUUAUCAUUUUUUUUAACCGUUUGUAAUAAUGUCAGUUUCAAUGUCUGGUAACCCCAUAUAAUUUUUAUAUCAUUUAAAAAGGCAUUGCCACGGACCCAUAAACAGUUUAUAGGUCUUUGGCAUUACUUACUGAUUACAAAAAUAUUAAGUAAUUGAUGGAAAAAAAUAUUUUAUAUCAGUUAUGAGAUGACCUAUUGAACAAUCAUUUAAGGUCAAAAAAUCGUGUUUCUAAUAUUUUUUCUGUUUAAAUUUUACCUUUUUUUUUACUUAUCAAACCAUUUCAAAUGAUACCAAAAUAAUAUAGAGUCACCAGGCGUCAAAAAUACUCUUUCUGUUAUUGUAAAUGGGAUACUUUAAAAUAUGUGGGUUACCUUAGAAUAUGGGUUACCUUAGAGUAUGUGGGUUAGCUUAGAAUAUGUGGGUUAUUUUAGAAUAUGUAGGUUACCUUAAAACAUGUGGGUUACCUUAGAAUAUGUGGGUUACCUUAAAAUGUGUGGGUUGCCUUAAAAUAUGUGGAUUACCUUAAAAUAGGUGGGUUACUUUAAAAUCGCUUGACUGGAAACAUUAUCCCGAAACAUUUAUCACCUCACAUAAAUUAAUCAUAGCAUGUGUUCAGUAUGUGAAACAGUGUACUAACUAUUGUAACUGCAACAUUUCUGUAACAAUAAACUAACAGAAAAUG